GUCUCCCCGAGCUCUACCUCCCGCGGCUGGGGCUACCCUGUGAGCCGCUGACGCCGCGGCGUGCGCCUGGGGCCUCCAAAACUGUUUCCAAACUGCCAAAACCGGAGGUCCGGGAGUAGCGGCGGCCAAUCAGCGCGCGGCUUCCAUUUUAGCAGUAAACAGUCCUCAGCGAAGCCGCCUUUUGCCAACCCAACCCUGGAAAAUUUGCAGAAGUGGAAGGAGCAGAAAAUGCCAUGAGAGUGUAACUUUAAAAAGGAUCAUGACCGGAGAAGGGACCCGGUACCCCCAGAGUGGACCGUCCUCCUUUGGACAGAAGCAGGCCUAGUUUGACUCUGACAGUCCUCCCACUAAGUCUGCCCCAAUCCGGAGGUUUAAAUUCGGCUCUGCCAUUGAUGAGUUCAUUCAACUCCCGGGAUUCUCAGCAGCAGCUUGGAGGGUUACAGUCGGUUCCUCCGCUCCCGCCCUCGGACCAAUUAGGGAACAAUGAGGUGCUCCACUGUGGUCCGGGUGUGAUUCUUGGAAGGGAGAGGUGUCCCGAUGACCUGGAAGGAUCGUACCCCUCCCCGCUUCCUUUUCUUUUUCACCCACUCUUUCUAAUUUCUUUGUCUGGCACGCCAGUACCUCCUAGGUGAAGGGAGGGGCGGGGCAGCUUAUCAGUCCUCAGACUGGUUCCUCUGCCGAGAGGGUGGCUCCACCCACCGGUCACCCAGCAAGCUCGGGGCGGGGCUGCUCCUGGCGCCCAGCCGGUGGAGCCUGCCUGGAGAGGGCCACGCCAGCGGAAGGGCGGCCGGAGGUGGCCGGACCUGCCUUCCUACUGGACGCCAGGGCCCCGCCCCUUCCGGCCCGUUGGCUGAGAGCCCAGGCGUGGAGUACGACCUUUUGGACCCCCUGGGUGGAAACAACCUCUGCCUGGACUGUGGAGAUGGGCACCCCGCCAUCUCAGAGGCCGCCUGGGUCCAGUGCCGUCUCCAUCUGGCCAGUGACCUCGACGAGUUCCUACCCCUCCAGGAGUUGUGGUCUCCCCUGUGAACCAGGAGGAGGAGGUUGGCAGAUAACCCUUGACCUGUCUCUGAGUCUGGCUUUGUGGAGGUACCUCUUUGUACUCCGGCGGUGAUUCCCCCGACCCCACCACCAGAUGUUGAGCCUGGAGAGAGUCCUGGGACAGGGAUAGACAGCCUUGUUCCCCCAGGCUGCGCUGGGCCACCUCCCAUCCCUGGGACCUCAGAGGAUGGUCAGUUACUUCUGUCUCACGUGGGGUGGAUGACCCCUCAGGUGUGUAGUGACCUCCCAGAGUGUGCUGGGGCACCAGGGAAGUGGAAGCCAUUAGCAUUGUUGUUAACGUCCCCAUCCUGACCUGUGCUGGCCAGACCUUGCCCUGACAAGACAGAAGUGGAUAUGGCCCUAUUUCUCUCUUGUGAUCAGUUGGCCUCACUAGAUCCCAGGCCUAGAUGUGAACACAAAUCAGUUCACCCCCGCAAAUGCCACCUGCCAGCUCCCCUAGGCUUCUGUGUCAACAGCUUUGUGGCAAGAACCAGUUUAAAGAAUUUUUUCUUAUCCUCCUAAAUCUCUCCAGGAAUUCCUGGUGAAUAGAAGAAUGGCAUGGGUCCUCGGAACAUUUUGCAGGGCGCCGCCGCCAGUGCUGCCUGCUCCCGGCUAUGGACAACCGUGGGGCCCCAGCCCCGACUGCCGCCCCGGGCCCGGGCAAGAAGGAGCUGAAAAUCGUGAUUGUGGGCGACGGCGGCUGCGGCAAGACUUCGCUGCUCAUGGUGUACAGCCAGGGGUCCUUCCCCGAGCACUACGCUCCAUCCGUGUUCGAGAAGUACACGGCCAGCGUGACCGUGGGCAGCAAGGAGGUGACCCUGAACUUAUACGACACCGCCGGGCAGGAAGAUUAUGACCGGCUGCGGCCCCUGUCCUAUCAGAACACCCAACUCGUGCUCAUCUGCUAUGACGUCAUGAACCCCACCAGCUAUGACAACGUUCUCAUCAAGUGGUUCCCUGAGGUCACCCACUUCUGCCGUGGGAUCCCUACAGUGCUCAUCGGCUGCAAGACAGACCUGAGGAAGGACAAGGAGCAGCUGCGCAAGCUCCGGGCGGCCCAGCUGGAGCCCAUCACCUACACGCAGGGCCAGAGCGCCUGCGAGCAGAUCCAAGCCGCCCUCUACCUGGAAUGUUCUGCCAAGUUUCGGGAGAAUGUGGAGGACGUCUUCCGAGAGGCCGCCAAGGUUGCCCUCAGUGCUAUGAAGAAAGCACAGCGGCAGAAACAACACCGCCUGUGCCUGCUGCUUUGACACGUCCCGGCGGGGCCCACGGCCCUCACGGUAGAACUGACAGGACCCAGGUUCCCAGGUCCAGACUACUCCCUGGAUCCUGCCCCCUCCCCAGCUCUCGAAGGGCACUUGGAGUCGGGCGUCUCCAGGGCCUGGUGUCUGGAGCCUGUGGCCAGGCUCUUGGAACAUUCUGGAACUCUCUCCUUUCCCAGCUGGGGCUCUGACCACGAGCUCCCCUCCAGCCUGUGUGGUGGUGGUGGUGGUGAGCGAGGGUGCUGGACUCAGUCCCUCUGCACCCUGGAACUAGCAUUUGUCCCCAGGACUCAGGAGUGCCCUCAUCACAACCAACCCCCAGCUGUGUGUCCCCCUCUGCACACCCAGUAGGUCCUCAAAGGCUGUGCUUGAGAUGAGAAAUAACGUCUGGUAUGAGGAUAAAUGUGGACUUGGCAGCGUUCCACACGGCCCCCAAGCCUGCUCUCCCAAGUCACCCGCCUCCCUGGUUUCCUGAGAUAGGCAUGGCUCCAUCCUCCAGCUUCUUGCUUCCUCCCCGCAGGAACUCAGGCCCCAGGAUGGGACCGAGGCCUAUCAGGAGAACACAGGCCCCAGCCCCAAACGUGGGGGGCCGGCACCAGCCCCCUCCCUCCUCCCUUCCAAACAGAGGACUUCAGUCUCAGCCCUCAGCUUGGCCGCCAUCUUUCCAGAGCUGGACGCACAUGAGGCAGAGAAGAAGCUGUCUCAAAAAGCAAAAAGUAUUCUCUGGACCAUCCACGUGACCCUUGCUCAGCGUCUCCUCACCUGCAACCCCUCCGCUCGCCACUACUUGCCAGAAACCCGAGGUGAAAAGUGACAUCAGCUCCGAGAGAUCUUGGGCAAGUCAGGUCUCUCUACAGACUGUCUGCAGAAGGACGGCACUGGCUCGUUUAAAUAGUCAUCGAGCUCCCAUCUCUCACAGCCUCCAAUUCUGCCAAGAUGUGGAGAUCUGGAACCAAGGCCAUCCUGGCCUCCUACGAGAACAGACUGGAUUAACCCCCAGUGCAGAUUCACUGAACCUCCUAGAAGGUCUGGGGUCAGGGGCCCAAGAGUUUUUAAACAAGUGCCCCAGGUGAUCCUGAUGCCCCAGAGAUUGAGAGCUGGUGGCUCCUGAGUAAGCCCAGGAAUCAGCGUUACCUAAGAUGAGAUAAUGGCUUCAGGUGGCUCCUGCCAUCCCCGGUAUCUCCUGCCUCAGCCCCCUCCCUUGCCCAGUGCUUCGGCCCCCACUAGGCCUGAGAAAGAGACUUCUGAAGUCUACCCCACCCCACCUAGGUUCCCCAAGGCCCUGCCACGCCCUGGGGAGUCAAGAGAGCAUUCGGUCCAAGGCUUCGUGGACAAAUGAUGGUCUAGGACAGAGGUCCACAAACCACAGUCUGUGGGCCAAAUCUUUAUUUUUGUAAAUAAAGUUUUAUUGAAAAACA